CUUAAGACGCCAUUUUGUCAGCCAUUUCCUACACUGAGCCAUUGCCAGCGUCUCUGCACAAUAUAGGACGCCCCGUCUGCACUCAGCUUCAUCUACCCGGGCUUGGCAAACAGCGGCGGACCCUGCACAUACGGUACCCGGGUGGAUGAGAGACAGUCUAGAGGGUCGGUCAGUACCCACUAGACCUCUGGAAGGCGUUUGGCCCCGCAACUCAGAAGCGGUACAAGUCACAGGCAGACAUGGCUUUGAAGAUUGUCAAAGGGAGCAUCGAUCGGAUGUUCGAUAAAAAUCUCCAGGAUUUAGUACGUGGCAUUAGAAACCACAAGGAAGAUGAGGCCAAGUACAUCUCCACAUGCAUCGAUGAGAUCAAACAGGAGCUCAAGCAGGACAACAUCGCUGUCAAAGCCAAUGCUGUGUGCAAGCUCACCUACCUUCAGAUGCUGGGCUAUGAUGUCAGCUGGGCCGCUUUUAACAUCGUUGAAGUCAUGAGCUCCUCCAAGUUCACAUACAAGAGGAUUGGCUACCUGGCGGCCUCGCAGUGCUUUCACGAGAGCACUGAUGUCAUCAUGCUGACAACCAAUCAGAUCCGAAAGGAUCUCAGCAGUCCCAACCAGUAUGACACAGGUGUUGCCCUCACUGGCCUCUCUUGUUUUGUGACCCCUGACUUGGCGCGGGACCUGGCCAAUGACAUCAUGACACUGAUGUCACACACUAAACCCUACAUCAGAAAGAAAGCGGUGUUGAUCAUGUACAAGGUGUUUCUGAAAUACCCAGAGUCCCUGCGACCUGCUUUCCCCAGGCUCAAGGAGAAGCUGGAGGACCCAGACCCAGGUGUCCAGUCUGCAGCAGUAAAUGUGAUCUGUGAGCUGGCUCGGAGAAAUCCCAAGAACUACCUGUCUCUGGCCCCACUCUUCUUCAAACUCAUGACCUCCUCUACUAAUAACUGGGUUCUCAUUAAGAUCAUCAAGCUGUUUGGUGCACUCACACCACUGGAGCCACGGUUGGGGAAGAAGCUGAUCGAACCUCUGACAAACUUAAUCCACAGUACCUCUGCCAUGUCUCUGCUGUAUGAAUGUGUCAACACUGUGAUUGCAGUGUUGAUUUCCUUGUCUUCUGGGAUGCCUAACCACAGUGCUAGUAUCCAGCUCUGUGUGCAGAAACUGCGAAUCCUGAUAGAAGACUCGGACCAGAACUGUGAGCCCUCUGUCAAUGCCUGCAUGAAGUACCUGGGCCUGCUGGCAAUGUCAAAGAUCCUAAAGACCCACCCCAAGUCAGUGCAGUCUCAUAAGGACCUCAUCCUCCAGUGUCUGGAUGACAAGGAUGAGUCCAUUCGCCUGAGAGCUCUGGAUCUGCUCUAUGGCAUGGUAUCCAAAAAGAACUUGAUGGAGAUUGUAAAGAAGCUGAUGCUGCAUGUGGACAAAGCAGAAGGAACCACCUACAGAGAUGAACUGCUCACUAAGAUCAUCGACAUCUGCAGCCAGAGCAACUACCAGUACAUUACCAACUUUGAAUGGUACAUCAGUAUCCUGGUGGAGCUGACCCGAUUAGAAGGCACACGCCAUGGCCACCUCAUUGCCUCUCAGAUGCUGGAUGUGGCCAUUCGGGUCAAAGCCAUCCGGGUCUUUGCUGUUGCCCAGAUGGCCACUCUGUUGGACAACGCCCACCUGUUGACCGGCAAUGUGCAGCGAAAGGGCAUCUGUGAAGUGUUGUAUGCCGCUGCCUGGAUCUGCGGUGAAUUCUCAGAACACUUGGACAACCCGACGCAGACGCUAGAGGCUAUGCUGCGGCCCAAGGUGGCCACCCUACCGGGCCACAUCCAGGCAGUGUAUGUGCAGAACGCAGCCAAGCUGUUUGCCACCAUCCUGAAGAGCCAGGAGGGAAACACGGACAGCACAGCAGCGCAGGAAACCAGCCAGCUGAUGAUAGACAGGCUUCCUCUGUUUGUCCAGAGCGCCAACCUGGAGGUGCAGGAGAGGGCGUCUUGCAUCCUUCAGCUGGUCAAGUACAUCCAGAAACUGCAACAGAAGGAUGUAGAAAUAGCGGAGGAAGUCAUUGCUCUGUUCGCUGGAGAACUCAACCCUGUUGCCCCCAAGGCACAGAAGAAAGUGCCUGUUCCUGAAGGUCUGGACUUGGAUGCCUGGAUCAACGAGCCUCCAUCUGAGAGUGAGUCUGAGGAUGAGCAGCCCAGGGCUAUUUUUGCCAAGGAGGAGCCCAAACACUCCCGCCCCCGGCACACAGAGGUAGACGAGAAGGAACUGGCGAAGAGGAGAGAAGCCAGAAAGCAGGAGCAAGCCAACAACCCGUUCUACAUCAAGUCCUCCCCGUCCUCUCAGAAGGUGUACCAGGAGGCCCCCGGAGUGGAGCACAUCCCUGUCGUGCAGAUUGACCUCAGCGUGCCUCUUAAAGUCCCAGUCUUCUGUCCCACAGGUCUGCCCAUGUCUGACCAGUACGUAAAACUGGAAGAGGAGCGUCGGCAGAAAGACAAAGCAGAGAAGAAGAAGAAAGAGAAGAAGAAGAGGAAAGAAAAGCGCAGCGGCCGGGGGAAGAGACAUGAUUCAGGCCCAGAGAGUGAGGAGGACAUCACGCCUGCGCACAUGGUCGACAUUGUUACCGAGGAGAUGCCAGAGAAUGCCUUACCCAGUGAUGAUGAUGACAAAGAUCCCAAUGACCCUCAUAAAGCCCUGGACAUCGACCUGGACAACUUGAUGGAAAUGGCUGGGCGCAGGCCACUUGCCGACAGCGAGAAGCUGCCAGUCAGGUCGCACCGUGCAGCAGAGGUUCUCAAAAGCCCAGCUCAAGAUGGAGACGCAGAGAGUGCCGUGUCACAGGAGACCAAGAAGAAGAGCAGCAAAGAAAAAAGAGAGAAAAAGAAGGAUAAAGACAGGGAUAGGAAGAAGAGCAAAGAAGACAAGAAGAAGAAGAAGAAGAAACACAAAUCUGAAGAAAAGGGGGAGGAUCUUCUCGGAGGACAGGAAGACGGGCCUGUGGGCCAAUCAGAAGAAACCAGUGAGGUGGCUGCACAGCCCACCUCUACCACUGCUGAGGUUUCGGAUCUGGAUUUCUGGCUCUCAAACGCUCCAGUGCCCUCUAACACCCAGGAAGCAGCAACCGUAGCAGCAGCAGAAGCAGCCCCCGUGUCUGAGUUGGCCUCUGGCACGGCGCCAGACUCCGAGCCUGAUGAGCCCAAAGACACAGAGACGGAGGAGACUAAGUCCUCCAAACACAAGAAGAAGAAGCAGAAAAAGGAGAAGGAAGAGAAGGAGAAGAAAAAGAAGAAGAAACAUCAUCACCAUCAUCACCACAGCGACGGAGGUGGAGAGGAGUCGGUGCAGAAUGGCACUGUGGAAGAGGAAGAGCCUCUGCCGCCCAUGUCCAAUUACUGCCUGCUGGCGGAGAACUCCUACAUCAAGAUGAUGAUGGAGGAUGCUGAUCAGGUUAACGACAUCCAGGGGAACCUGCAGGAUGGCAGUCAGGUGGUGGUGUCUGUUAUAUUCGAGAACAAGUGUGACAGCUUCCUCAAAUCCAUGGAGUUCAACGUCCUGGACUCUCUCAACUCCAAACUGCAGAGGCCAGAGGGGUCGGGUCCACAUGACGGCCUCACCGUCCCCUUCCAACUUCCACCUGGGGUGUCCAAUGAGGCGCGAUUUGUCUUCACCAUGCAGAGCAUCAUAAUGCCACAGAAACUGAAGGGAACCCUCACCUUCAUAGUAAAGAAUGAGGACUCCUCCACUCAUGAGAAACUGGACUUUAAACUGCACUUUACCUGCACCUCCUACCUAAUCACUACUCCCUGCUACAGUGAUGCGUUUGCAAAGCUGCUUGAGUCGGGCGACCUGAAGUGCAGUUCUGUCAAACUGGAGGGAGUCGUCAUGCCCUUCCACCACCUACUGGCCAGGAUCUGCUUCCGCCACCAUUUCUCUGUUGUGGAGCGGAUCGACUCCUGUGCCUCAAUGUACAGCAGGUCUAUCCAGGACCACCAUGUCUGUCUGCUGGUCAAAACUUCCGGUCAGACAGUGUCCAUUGACGCUAAAUGUGACGAGCCGACGCUGCUUGGGAAUGUGCUGGAUGAGAUCAAGCAGACCUUCUCUCAGUGCUGAUUGUGUCCAACAGCCCCAGGGUGCCCCUUCCCCCUUCAUGCCACCCCCUCCCUCGCUGAAACACAACAUAAUCAUGUUACGAAAACACUGCGGCUGGCACCUCCAGUCUCGUUCUAUUUAUUAGUCCUCAGAUUCGCAAGAUUUCUAUCCCCUUUUUCUUCUUCAGUGUCCCACCAUUUUUCCCGCUGCACUCUGAACUCUGUGAUCACUCCCUGGCACUUGGUGUUGUUUUACAGACUCACUGUGUGUACAUGUGCCGUCUUCUCUGCGCACUUUCAUCUUUACUUCCUGGUUUUCGAACCCCCAACAGCUACCAUGUUCCUCCCUGACUCUAUACUGAGCGCCUGUUUCUGGAUGCCCUGCGUCCUCUGCUCUUUCCUGUGUACCUCUCAUGUUAUGUAAUGUUGACAACUGAACUGUUGCUGUUGAUGGUUGAAUUGUGAUUUUACUGUUUUGAAGGUUUUGUCUUUGGUUUGUUUUUGUUUGUUUUUAUCUCUUUUUUUUGUGGUAUGAAACUGCGCCUUUUGUCUCGCGCCCUUUUUUCUCCCCACUAAACAUAAGUGUGCGUGCUGCUCAGCUUUGUAGGCCUGGAAAAAAACCUGCGACUGACUCUUUCUCAGACUGGUCCUAGCUGAAACAAUGGGGACUCUCACCCGCUUUCACCCCCCACUGACCUGAACACCAGAUACUGAGCUCCUGCAGUGUGAACAGCAGAGAUGAAACCACAUGUAAGGCAUGGGUUUUAAACUUCUUUCAGAGCUGUUGCCCUACUUGCCUUUUGUCUCAGAGCAGAUCUCCUAGUGUUAGUUCAACACAAUCCUAGUGUGGCACUACGGGUGAUUUGUACAGUAGAUCAGGGGUUUUGCUCUGUGCCUUAGCUGUGCAGUCUGACCUACUCCAGCGCUUCAUGAGUCUUGUAGAGCCCCACUUCCCUCCCCAGUAUAUCUGCUCCCAGUUCAACUGUGCUAAACUGCAAUUUGACCCCUCUCCUCCCAAAAAACUACCAACAUAUCAUUCCUUUCACAAAUCAAAGAUUAAUUUGAAGUCAGAAGAGAUUGAAAACUCCAGAGUGUAAGUGUAAUGUGAGAUUUCUAUUUCACCACAGGACAGUUUGCUGUCAGGCCACUGCCACCUUUUAUCAGCUUCUUCUUUAACUCAUAUAUGUUGGUUAGUUGUAUGGAGGAUGUUCUAUUACUGUAAUACACAGAACGAUACUGUUAUUUCUAUGAAACCUUUGUGGUACCUCACCAUGUGGUCAAGUUAAUGAAGGAAUAAUCUGGCAUCAAGAGAGCUGCCCAUGUUACAUCACUGCCCUGACUCACUUCUCUGGAAAGUCAAAGGACUUAGGAACAACAAAGUUACACUAUCAACUUGUCUUUGAUUUUAAAACCUUCAUUCAGGUUGCAAGUUGUUUUCUCUGUAAGCAGAGACUGGUAAGUGGUCAGUGGUUUUAGGUUCCCUUUCAAUCAGUGUUAGGCAAUGUGGCUUCCAAUGUAGGGGAGCCUCCACAGUGUCAACAGCAAAGUGAAGUUGUGUCUGUCUUUGUGUGAAAUUGUGUGAGACAUUUACACCUGUGCCACUUUGACGUUUGCAUCACAGUCGCUGCACCCAGGUUGGCUGACACCCAGUUGGCAUGUACCCAGAUAAACCCCAAUGUUUCUUUUCCUUUUAGUAACUGCCUUGCCACUUUCUUGUACAUUGACAUGUUAUGAUAAAAUGAAUGGCCAUUUUUUUUUCUUUUUCUUUUUUUUUUAAAGAAAUGGCUGCCUCUUGGAACUUUCUCAGAGGUACUUUUUAGUUUGUCAUUCUGUCUGAAAUCACCACCUGGUCCAGCACGACUUAAAACCUUGUAGUAGCAAGAUAAAAACUGACUUGGUAGUGUCUCAAAUCACAAAUACUGGUAAGGCCCUCAUGUCUGUCUGCUAUUGUAGAUAAGGACUAUGAUAAUGAUGUCUGUGACCUAAAGAUCAGGUCAGCCAUUCCGCGAGAUCUUCUGUCUAGUAUUAGAGCGGCUGUAUUCCAAGAAUGGCAAUAGAAAAUAAGUAUAUCUGUAAUUCCUGUUCCUGAUAUAAAAGAAACUGGAAUGGAAAAAAAAACUCCCCUAAUCAUACAUUGUCCUGAUUCUGAUCAUUUUACUGUGCAUAUUUGAUUAAAAUUUGUAUAUUGCAUGAUUAGGAAUGUACACUUUUUAUUUCCCUUUUAUUUCUGUUCCAUUGACAUGCUUACACAAAGAAAAACUUGCCAUUCCAUUUUGUCCUUUUUCUUUAUAGUUUUUUUAUGAAGUUUACUUGAUUAUUCUCUAUUUUUGAUGGUAUUGUGUUUUUAUCUAUUCUAAGUUCAGACAAAUAAAAAAAGUGAUAUCAUUGAAUGUUUUAAAUUAUUAAACACAGGGGAAGGGAGGGGAGUAAUAUUCAGUGUCAUGACAGUGACGGCAUGGGGCUCUGAAUAAUUUGAGUAGAAAAGGUCAUUUGAAGCAGUGUACUGAGAGGCAACCCACUCUGUCUUAAUUCUCUAAUGGUUCAGUUGUGAGUUAUUUUACCAAGUUUGGCUUGUGACAUUUAAAUAUACUCUCGUAUGACUCUG